CCUGGAAACGUCUCCUUCUGGAUGCUUCCACGUCCAGCCGCGCCUCUGCCUAGUGUCUGCUUCCAGACGUUAUCUGCCUCCCCAUCCUUCAUGUGUCCCAGCGUUUACUCUGAGCCCCCGGAGGGGGGGGGGGGGGCUCUGUGUUUGGCUUUCCACCCAACGCUGUGUUUAAAUGGGAGACGUCUGGUUUCACAUGUUGGAGUCAAGCAUUCGGCCUCCUUAUCCUAGAUCCCAUCCUUCAUCAAGAGUCACACGAUGGAACACAACAUUUGAUUAAAUAGGAGGUUUCUAAAGCAGAAAAACCCAAGAAAAUGCAAGUUUAAAACACUUUAAGUCUUUAGGUCUUUUAUGUAAAUUGAUCUCUUUCUGUUUUCCUGUCAUUUAGUGAUAUUUGGCCUGAAAACAGAACUAAACUCUCCUGAUUUCAGCAUAAAUGAGACCUUUAGAACAGCACAGCGUCAUCAACAAACAUCCAGACAGUUUCUGAACCUGCUUAGUCCUUUUUUAGGGUCACAAGGUUGCUGGAGCCUAUCCAGGUCGCCAGUCUACCGCAGAGCCAAACGAAAAAAAAAAAAGUUGACUUCCAGGUUGAAGCCCUUCCAAAAGACGAAAUAAAGAAAAUCUGUCGUUCGUUAAGUCGUUAAGUAACCACUGGGAACAGUCCACACUUUCCUGAGGACGGGUUAACAAACAAGGUUAAUCGUGUUUUUUUCCUCAACAACCACUAGGUGUCUCGUUCCAAACGUUAAUCCGAUCCUUUUGACUACAAUGCAAAGGGGUACAUUUAGGAAGCUGAGGGUGGUGUAGUGGUCAGCACUCUUGCCUCAAAAAGUUCAAUUCCAGGUUGUGUCACAUUCUUGUUUUCUCCAUUAAAAAGCCACGCCCCUUGCAUUAAAGACCACGCCCCUUCGGUUGAUUGGAUCCUUCCUUGGAUGACGGCGCAGACGGGCGAUGGUCCAGGUGAAGCCCACCUUUGGUCUCCGGCCUCCCCGAGACCCUGAACAGGAGUACGUGUUCAUAAAAAGGUGGAUUGAUGGGUAAAUUUGACAUUUUCAUUCGUACACAUGGGGGUGUGGCCUACUGGCUGACAUUUGAGUGUUAGGAGAAACUCACAGGAGAAAGAUGCUUUUUCCCUCCUAUUUUCAGAACUCCUGAUUGGAUGAUGUGAGUGUGAGGAAUGGGAGGGGUCAUUUCCUGUGACGGGGGCUUUGUGUGGGGGGUUAAUAUCAUCUCACCCUGGAAUGGUUUCAUGAAAGCCAAAGGAUGUCCAGUCUCUGACGUGGUCCAGAAACGUCCAAGUGGACGCUGCCCUCUUUCCCACCAAUCCCUCUGAGGAAAAGCCACUUGGAGCUUGACUGCCUCCUCCUCCUCCUCUUCCUCCUCCUCCUCCUCCUCCCUCAGAGCUCACUUCCCCCUCUCAGGACCUCAGAGAGGCUCCUGCUGGCGUUCCCGCUCCUGCUGUGAGGUGGUUCGGCGUCUCCUGGCUGUGGAUGGACCCGCAGAGAUGAGCGUCCUGCUCUUCUGACUCGGCUGGAGGACUCACCUCUCAGAGGAUCUCUGUGACCGUUUGGACUGGCUUCUGGCCUGAGGACCGCUGCGAUGGACCCCAACGGUUCCCGCUCUCUGCUCUCGAAGGAGCACCUCAUCUACACCAUCACUGUGCCGCUGUCCACCUCCAUCAUCCUGGCCAACCUGCUCAUCAUCGUGGGCAUCGCCUGGAACCGCCAGCUGCACAACACCACCAACUACUUCUUCCUCAGCCUGCUGGUGGCCGACAUGUUCACGGGCGUGGCGCUGCCGUUCAUCCCUCUGAUGGGUCUGAACCGGGACCUGAGCUUCAGCUCCUGCCUGCUGGCCCACGUCUUCCCCAACUUCCUCUUCUUGGCGUUCCUCUUCAACCUGGUGAUGGUCCACUACGAGCGCUUUGUGUGCAUCGUGGACCCUUUGCACUACAGCAACCUGUGGAUGCACCGCCACUUUCCUCUGGCGCUGCUGGUGGUGUGGACGCCCCCGCUUUUGUUUGCGUCUCUGCCUGCUUUCGGGUGGAACGACUGGGCGGGGCCAGAUUGGACCCACUGCUGUGAGAGCAGCCAGAACCUGACGCUCCUCUCCAACUGCUCAGUGAACAGAACCAUCUGCUGCUCUUACCGCCGCGUGUUCACCGACGCCUUCAUCUACCUGGAAGUGUACGGGAUUGUUUUGCCCGCCAUUCUCAUCAUCGCCGCCAUGACUGGCCACGUUCUGCGGAUCACCCGCGGCCAGAUGAAGGACAUCUGUCGCCUCCACCGGGCCGUGGAUCGAGGCGGCCAGGCCUCGGACCAGGAGCACCGGCUGAACUUGCGGUACACCCGUUGUGUCGUGGCGGUGUCCCUGACCUUUCUGGCGUGCUGGGUCCCGUACCUCAUCUACAUGCACGUGUGCGUCGCUUUCCUGAUCAGCGACAGCAGCUGGAGCUCCACCGCUCACAUUGUGAUGUCCUGCAUCGGCAUCGGCAGCAUGGCUGUGGUGCCGCUGGUGCUCGGCCUGGCCAACAAGCAGUACACGGAGCCGGCGUUCAAACUCCUGCAGAAAUUCAGGGACAGAUGGAGGCGAUCCGCCAAGAGGGCGGAGGAGGUUUCACUCUAGAAGAAUGCAGGAGCAUCUAAAUAUUUAUUUAGUUCAUUCUGCAAAAGAAACACAACCUGUGGUGGUUUACAUUUGUGGUUCUCUUCGUGUGUCGUCAUUUUCACUCCAGAAGUCUGUUUCAGCCUCACUUGUCUUAAUAAAUUCAAGACUUUGCAGUUUU